AUUCAUACAUUGCUCGAACACUUCAUCUUCUUCCCGAUUCCUCCGUAUCUAACCUUCCAUUUUAACCCCCUACUGGAAUUAGGGUUUUUUUUCUUCUUUUCGAGUUAAAAAUGGGUCCUUUGUUUAAAGAAUGCUAAUGUUGUUGUAGAAUCCCAUCAUUUUUUGCCCAGUUUUCUGAGUUGUCUUCUAAGAAACAGCAGCCAUGUCCACACUUGUUAAUCGCAGUGGUGAUGAUGAGUUCUACACAGGGAGCUCAUUAUGUUCUGCAGAAUUGGGGGUAAUCCUAUCUCUUGGUUAUGCUGAUGUUUACUGCCCACCUAAGAAGCGAGCACGGGUUCCCAAUCCAUUUUCAUUUGAAGAACACACAAAGAAACCAUCAAUUGAUGUUCUGCCUGAUGAGUGCUUGUUUGAGAUCUUUAGACGUUUGCCCGGAGGUCGUGAAAGGAGUGCCUCUGCUUGUGUCUCCAAGCGCUGGCUCAUGCUCUUGAGCAGUGUCCGUACUUCAGAAAUAUGUGGGAGACAUGAUGAUCUAUUUGCAGACAAAGGUUCUGAAAUAGGGCAUGAUGGACACCUAACAAGAUCUGUCGAAGGGGAAAAGGCUACGGAUAUUAGACUUGCUGCCAUUGCAAUUGGAACUUCUCGCCGUGGGGGACUUGGCAAGCUUUCUGUCCGAGGGAGGAACUCUGACUCUGGUAUCACUAGCACUGGUCUAUCAGCAAUUGCCCGAGGUUGUCCCGACCUCAAGGCACUCUCCCUAUGGAAUGUGCCUUCUGCUGGAGAUGAAGGUCUUUUUGAGAUUUCAAAGGAAUGCCACUCCUUGGAGAAGCUUGAUCUAUGCCACUGUCCUUCAAUUUCAAGUAAAAGCCUCGUUGCAAUUGCAGAAAGGUGUCCUGGUCUAACAUCGUUAACAAUCGAAUCUUGCCCAAAUAUAGGGAAUGAGGGACUCCAAGCUAUUGGAAGACAUUGUACUUUAUUGCAGAUGGUAACCAUUAAGGACUGCCCUCUAGUUGGAGACCAGGGUGUUGCAACUCUUAUGUCGUCGAGUCCUGUCCUAACAAGAGUGAAACUUCGUGGUUUAAAGAUCACAGAUUUCUCACUUGCUGUCAUAGGACAUUACGGGAAGGCAAUUACCUCUCUUGCCCUUGGCUCACUCUAUAAUGUGAGCAAAAAGGGCUUUUGGGUCAUGGGCAAUGCUCAAGGUCUGAAGACUCUGGCUUCUUUGACAAUCACAUCAUGUAGAGGAACUACAGAUGUCAGCCUCGACGCUUUGGGGAAGGGCUGUCCAAAUCUGAAACAGAUGUGCCUACGCAAGUGUUGCUUUGUAUCUGAUCAUGGGCUGGUGGGAUUCACCAAUGCUGCUGCUGGAACCCUUGAAAGCUUGCAGCUUGAAGAAUGCAACCGGAUCACCCAAAACGGCGUUCUCAAUGCAGUCUCAAACUGCCACAAGUUAAAGUCACUUACUCUGGUAAAAUGCAUCAGCAUAAAGGAUCUAACCACAGACACUUCCUUGCUGCUGCCUCCAUGUAAAUCUCUUAAAUCACUGUCCAUCCGAAACUGUCCUGGUUUUGGCAGCACAAACUUAGUUAUGGUUGGUAAGCUUUGUCCGCAGUUACUUCAGUUUGAUCUGAGCGGGCUUUGUGGAAUUACGGAUUCCACCCUUGUGUCUCUUCUGGAGAGCUCUGUGGCAGGACUUGUCAAGGUCAACCUCAGUGGCUGCCUGAAUCUUUCAGAUGAAGUCGUGUUUGCCCUGUCCAGGUUGCACGGCCAGACUCUGAAAGUACUAAAUCUUGAUGGCUGCAGGAAGAUCACCAAUUCUAGCUUAGUGGCACUGGCUGACAGCUGUCCUUUUCUUAAUGAUCUCGACGUUUCAAAAUGUUCAAUAACUGAUUCCGGCAUAUGUGCUUUGUCCCGUGGUGUACAAGUAAACCUGGAGAUUCUUUCCCUCUCGGGCUGCUCUAUGCUGUCAAGCAAGAGUGUUUCUUUCCUUGGAAAAUUGGGAAAAAAUCUGCUCGGCUUGAACCUCCAGCAAUGUAAUGGCAUCAGUAGCAGUGCCAUCGAACUAUUAGUGGAGAAGUUGUGGAGGUGUGAUAUCCUCUCUUAAGCACAUGCCAGUACAUAAAAAGGGUUCUUCGCGGGCUAUAUUUGUACAAACCGUAUCCCAUCAAGCCCGGUUCACAAUUCGUCAAUUGCUGAGUUAGUUGUAUUCAUUCAUGAAGCUCUGGCAGAAAUUUGUCAACAUAUAUAUCUUUUUUUGCAGGCUUGUAAGAAUGCCUGUUAGAACUCUUAUGGUUCUUCUAUAUAUAUGUGGAUGCUGCCUCCUUCACGAUCACCAUCAAGUCCUUUUUAAUAUACAGAGUAGUUCCGU